UGCAUCAAUAAUGAAGGAUGAUGGGCUCAAGUCACUUUCUGUUCUAUAUAAGAGACUUGUUGAUAUGCUAGAUGAGAAGUCACAUUUACCUGCUGUACUACAAUCUCUUGGAUGUAUUGCGCAGACUGCUAUGCCAGUCUUUGAGACAAGGGAGAAAGAGAUAGAGCAGUUCAUAAAGAAAAACAUAUUGGAGCGUGGUCAUACAUCAGAAGGUAAAACCAAAGAAAGUUGGGAAGAACAGAGUGAGAUCUGUUCACUGAAGAUAUUUGGAAUUAAGACACUGGUCAAAAGUUAUUUGCCAGUGAAGGAUGCCCACCUUCGCUUGGGGGUUGGUGACUUGUUGGGAAUCCUGAAAAACAUACUUUCUUUCGGGGAAAUCUCAAUGGAAAUCAAGUCAAGUUCUGUUGAUAAAGCCCAUUUAAGACUUGCUGCAGCAAAAGCUAUGCUUCGUCUAUCAAAGCACUGGGACAACAAGAUUCCCGUGGAUAUCUUUUACCUUACUCUGGGUACAUCAGAGGCCCGUUUCCCUCAAGUAAAGAAGUUAUUUCUCAACAAAGUUCACCAAUACCUAAAGGAUCGUUAUUUGGACCCAAAGUACACUUGUGCAUUCUUACUUGACUUGCAGUUUCAGCAGCCAGAUUUUGAAGAGAUCAAGAGCAAUUUAAGUGAUGUUAUCCAGAUCUAUCAGCAGGGGAAGGCACGCCAACUUUCUGCGCAAUCUGAACCUAUGACCCCAGCUCCUUAUCCAGAAUAUAUUCUACCAUACUUGGUCCAUGCUCUUGCUCAUCAUUCUUCAUUUCCUAACAUUGACGAAUGCAAGGAUGUUAAAGCAUUUGAAUCUAUUUAUAGGUACAAGUGUUUCCUGGUCUUAUUUAUUGAUGGUUACAUGUAUAGAAGUUUAAAGAGCCUGAGGAUGCCUCACGCUUGCGUAAUAUUAUUUCCAAUUAUUCUCAUGAUUAGAUGAAACCUGUUAUCAGCC